AUAUAUUGUUCGUGUGGGAUACCUUUACUGUGGUCUUGUAUAUAUAGUUGGUUAAUUAGACAAGUACUUCCAACAAGUGUCAAUAAAAAGUUUAAUUUGCCAUGGAUGAUUAUGGAGCUUCUCCUGCUGGCUCUGCAGAUGAGUCAAAGUCGACGUCUUGCCCAAGAGGACACUGGAGGCCCGCAGAAGAUGAAAGACUCCGGCAACUCGUCGAACAGUACGGUGCCCAGAACUGGAACUCCAUAGCAGAGAAGCUUCAUGGAAGAUCAGGGAAAAGUUGUAGGUUGAGGUGGUUUAAUCAACUAGACCCAAGAAUCAACAGAAGGCCGUUUAGUGAAGAAGAAGAAGAGAGGCUUCUAGCGGCUCAUCGGAUUCACGGAAACAAGUGGGCAAUGAUAGCAAGACUGUUUCCAGGUCGGACUGAUAAUGCCGUGAAGAAUCACUGGCAUGUUAUCAUGGCCAGAAGGCAAAGAGAGCAAUCUAAGCUAAUUUGUGGUGGAAACAAGAGAAGCUACCAAGAUUUCUUAAUCUCUAGUGACUCUAUAUCGAACACCUCCUCAUCAAUUUCCAACACUUUUGAUUCAAGGAAAUUGAAAUCAUCAACUGGGUUUGACCACAAUCAGAACAGUACUACUACUAUGUUUGAAUUCAGGAACCCUGGUAAAGGUAGGGCAAUGUCGUUCAUGGAAUCAUCAAGGCCUAAAAGCUCUUCUUCUCAUAAUUGGAACUUUGCUUCAAUGACAAGUUCAUUAUCAAUUCCCAACUCGACAUCUUCAGCGGGCUUCUUGAGAGGAUCUGAAAUAUCUAAUUACAAAGUUUCGGAGUGCUUGAAGGGUAAUUCGGAUCAUCUUUUUGUUCAUCGCAUUAAUGGGCAAUAUUCAAGUCCGGCAUUCGUGUAUGGCAGGUAUAGAGGUUCCGGCAGUAGUAGUACUUUCGGGCUGCCAAAUCCCAGGAGGGUUAAUGUUCCAAUUAAUCCCUUUGGGUACCUCAGUAGUAGUACUAGUCCUCUUGGAGAUAUUCAUGAGCAGCAUGGAAGCAGGAUGAUAUUGAAGAAAGAGUACCUGACGGCUGCAUCAUCUACUACAUUUGAAGACCAUCCUCAUCCUCAUCAUGAUUCAUCCAUCGAGCAUAACAAGGAAGUUCCCUUCAUAGAUUUUCUUGGUGUGGGGAUAUCUAGCUAGUUUCUUGAUCGUGCAUCAAGAAAAGGACAUUAAUUAAUUUAAUCUUCUAUAUAUUUUAUUCUUAAAGUAAACUAUUUUAGUUAUUUAAGAAGGAUGCAAAUGUUUAAUUAGGAUACUAGAAAUAAUAUAUUAUGAAAUUAGUUUCGAUCUACUUGUAUUUAGGAAAACUGAAUCCUAUUAUUUAGUUGCAAGAAUCAAAAUAUAUAUUCUCUAGGCUUGAGGUUUUAAGAAUCCAGUCUUUUGUCCUUACGGUUAAGGAUAAUAAAAGUACUUGAUUUCAUACUGUUUGUCUCACUUCAAUCAAUGCAUGUAUUC